GCACCACAGCACUCCAGCCUGGGCGACAGAGCUGGAGUCUCAAUUAAAAAAAAAAGAAAGAAAGAAAGAAAAUAUAAUUUGGCAAGUUGCAGCCCAUGGUUAAAUAAGUACCACCAGAAAGUCUGAAAAUGUAUUUUCCAUUUAUAGAAAAAAAGGGUUACACUGACUUAGAAAUGUUUUAUGUUGACAGUUUCACUUAAAGGAGAUAUACCUCAUUCUUAAUGUAAGAAGUAAUUGAGAAGUGUAUCUUGGAAUCAUUUCUGGUAAAGAAUUCUCUUGCCCUUUCCCCAAAUUAAAAAGAGUAAGAAAACCAAAUGAAGUACAAAAGCCUUAAAUUUCAGUGAAUAGACAGCUGUGCUAUCUAUUCAGGCUUUGAUGGUGGGAUAGGUGGGCCCCAUAUGAAUCCAUUGUACCCCAAAUUAUGUAAGCUUCAGAAGCAGUUGCACUACAUGAAGUCCAGAAAAUGUAGAUGGCGUGCAUUUAACGGGGCUGACCUUGGUAAAUACAGAUUUGUGGAUGGGAGAAUGGUUUUGUGAUACAGCUUCACCAAAAGCAAAGUGCGGUCUGAGUAAUGAUAUACUUUGUAUGUAGUUUACAGGGAAUGGAGACUUUUUGUUUUAUUCUUUUAAAGGGACUCUGGAAACCACAUCUAAUUUCAAUCUAAUGAAACACUUCCUAAUGCCAGGGGUUUCUCAGGUCGGUUUCCUAAGAGAGGCACCUCAUGCCUGUCUUGUACUGGAUGUCCUAUGUACAAAACACUGACCCUGUGUUUAAUGGUAUUCUCGUGCCUCUUUUUUAUCUGUUGGACAUUAACGUAUCAAGGGUCAGUUAGCUCCCACUGUGUGCAGUAGAGAGAGGUAGGGAGAGAAUACUGAGAUGUCAGUUCAUACAUCUCUAUACAUGUGAGUGUAAUGGGGAUUUAGGCUUUCUAUUCUGUUUUAGAAACUGAAAAUCAAAUCAGAUCAAAAGAUGGUUUUUGACCAGAAUUUAUAAAUUUCCUAGUGAGUGUUGGCACUGAAAUUUAAGGAGCAGAUGUAUCUUCUUGAAAUUCAGGAAGCUUACAUGAAUUCCUAAUGAAAAACAAAUAGCUUUUCCAGCAAAAAAAAAAAGGGGGGGGGGCGGGGUUUCUCUGUGAUGUUAAUUGUACCAAGUUCUGAUUAUGUGUUUCAAAUCACAGUAAAAUUCAAGGAAAGAGGAUUUUUUUUUAAGUUUGCUUGUCUGGGAAUUGAGAUGUGGGAGUUCAGGAGUUCUGGCCCAAACACGUGCCUCCGAAAAUGGGGUAGACAAGUGCACAAGCAUCUGCAUGUGAGGAUCCGCAUGCGAAGAUGCACGUGAAGACCACAGCUUCCUUUCCUGUCCUCACCAUGUGAGUGCAUCAUUCUUCAACAGUAGUUCAGUUCAGCCUUUCUUAAGAUAAUAGCCUUGCAAGUGAACGGACAAGCAAAGGCAGUUGCUGAGUAUUAAAGCUUCCGUGCUUACGCAUCCAAAUGUUCAGGAUACACCUGAGAUGUCUCUCGUGCUGAACAGAAACAACAUCCCUGGAAGCUCUAGACCUCUGAGGCACCCCAGCUUUCCCCGGUCAACGGCAAAGACUUGUCCAGAGCAACUCAUGACCAGGCUGUGGAAGCUUUCAAGACAGCCAAGGAGCCCAUAGUGGUGCAGGUGUUGAGAAGAACACCAAGGACCAAAAUGUUCACGCCUCCGUCAGAGUCGCAGCUGGUGGACACGGGAACCCAAACCGACAUCACCUUUGAACAUAUCAUGGCCCUCACUAAGAUGUCCUCUCCCAGCCCGCCUGUGCUGGAUUCCUAUCUCUUGCCAGAGGAGCAUCCCUCAGCCCAUGAAUACUACGAUCCAAAUGACUACAUUGGAGACAUCCAUCAGGAGAUGGACAGGGAGGAGCUGGAGCUGGAGGAAGUGGACCUCUACAGAAUGAACAGCCAGGACAAGCUGGGCCUCACUGUGUGCUACCGGACGGACGAUGAAGAUGACAUUGGGAUUUAUAUCAGUGAGAUUGACCCUAACAGCAUUGCAGCCAAGGAUGGGCGCAUCCGAGAAGGAGACCGCAUUAUCCAGAUCAAUGGGAUAGAGGUGCAGAACCGAGAAGAGGCUGUGGCUCUUCUAACCAGUGAAGAAAAUAAAAACUUUUCAUUGCUGAUUGCAAGGCCUGAACUCCAGCUGGAUGAGGGCUGGAUGGACGAUGACAGGAACGACUUUCUGGAUGACCUGCACAUGGACAUGCUGGAGGAGCAGCACCACCAGGCCAUGCAAUUCACAGCUAGUGUGCUUCAGCAGAAGAAGCACGAGGAAGACGGUGGGACCACAGAUACAGCCACCAUCUUGUCCAACCAGCACGAGAAGGACAGUGGUGUGGGGCGGACCGACGAGAGCACCCGCAAUGACGAGAGCUCGGAGCAAGAGAACAACGGCGACGAUGCCACCGCAUCCUCCAACCCGCUGGCGGGGCAGAGGAAGCUCACCUGCAGCCAGGACACCUUGGGCAGCGGCGACCUACCCUUCAGCAACGAGUCCUUCAUCUCAGCCGACUGCACGGACGCCGACUACCUGGGUAUCCCGGUGGACGAGUGCGAGCGCUUCCGCGAGCUCCUGGAGCUCAAGUGCCAAGUGAAGAGCGCCACUCCUUAUGGCUUGUACUACCCUAGCGGCCCCCUGGACGCCGGCAAGAGUGACCCGGAGAGCGUGGACAAGGAGCUGGAGCUGCUGAACGAGGAGCUGCGCAGCAUCGAGCUGGAGUGCCUAAGCAUCGUGCGCGCCCACAAGAUGCAGCAGCUCAAGGAACAGUACCGCGAGUCCUGGAUGCUACAUAACAGCGGCUUCCGCAACUACAACACCAGCAUUGACGUGCGCAGGCACGAGCUCUCGGACAUCACCGAGCUCCCGGAGAAAUCCGACAAGGACAGCUCAAGCGCCUACAACACGGGCGAGAGCUGCCGCAGUACCCCGCUCACCCUGGAGAUCUCCCCCGACAACUCCUUGAGGAGAGCAGCGGAGGGCAUCAGCUGCCCGAGCAGCGAAGGGGCUGUGGCGACCACGGAAGCCUAUGGGCCAGCCCCAAAGAAUCUGCUGUCCAUCACGGAAGAUCCCGAAGUGGGCACCCCUACCUAUAGCCCCUCCCUGAAGGAGCUGGACCCCAGCCAGCCCCUGGAAGGCAAAGAGCGGAGAGCCAGCGACGGGAGCCGGAGCCCCACGCCCAGCCAGAAGCUGGGCAGCGCCUACCUGCCCACCUACCACCACUCCCCAUACAAGCACGCGCACAUCCCGGCUCACGCCCAGCACUACCAGAGCUACAUGCAGCUGAUCCAGCAGAAGUCGGCCGUGGAGUACGCGCAGAGCCAGAUGAGCCUGGUGAGCAUGUGCAAGGACCUGAGCUCCCCCACCCCGUCGGAGCCGCGCAUGGAGUGGAAGGUGAAGAUUCGCAGCGACGGGACGCGCUACAUCACUAAGAGGCCCGUGCGGGACCGCCUGCUGCGGGAGCGCGCCCUGAAGAUCCGGGAAGAGCGCAGCGGCAUGACCACCGACGACGACGCGGUGAGCGAGAUGAAGAUGGGGCGCUACUGGAGCAAGGAGGAGAGGAAGCAGCACUUGGUGAAGGCCAAGGAGCAGCGGCGGCGGCGCGAGUUCAUGAUGCAGAGCAGGUUGGAUUGUCUCAAGGAGCAACAAGCAGCCGACGACAGGAAGGAGAUGAACAUCCUCGAACUAAGCCACAAAAAGAUGAUGAAGAAGAGGAAUAAAAAAAUCUUCGAUAACUGGAUGACGAUCCAGGAACUCUUAACCCACGGCACAAAAUCCCCGGACGGCACUAGAGUAUACAAUUCCUUCCUAUCGGUGACUACUGUAUAAUUUUCACUUCUGCAUUAUGUACAUAAAAGAGACCACUACCACUGGGGUAGAAAUUCCUGCCUCGUUCAAUGCGGCAAGUUUUUGUAUAUAAGAUAAAUACGGUCUUCAUGUUUAUAGUCCAAAUUUGCAGACCCUACAACUCUGGGUGUCAUAGGUCUAUUUUAAGGGGGGAGAGAGAAAAACACCCUUACUAUCUUGGAACGCAAUAUUAACAAACAGAGCUUUUUUCAAAUAGCAAUUGUACUUUUCUACCUGUACCCUUUUACAUAAAGUGUUUAAAUUUCAGAAAGAUCUUUUAUUAAGCAUACUUUCACAGAAUAAUUUGUUUAAACUAUAUUCAUAUUAAAAAGUUAAACACGCUUUUUUUUCCUGCCUAAAAACACAAAUACAACUGCCAGUAUGUAUUUUUAAUGGAACCCUAUUUUAUAAUGUUACGUUACUGAAUGCGUUUCAUAUGCGUGACCGUUAAGAUACUAUUUAGGUGAAGGUUUCAACUCAAAACCACCCAACCCGGUGGUUAACGAUUUCAUACACAUAACCAAACCGGCAGCAUUUAGAGUUGGGAUAUACAUUUAAACAUUUUCCUGGUUAAGGUUCCCAAGAGAGUGUAAAGGUUUUAGCAGAAAGCAAAAUAUCAUGCAGCUUUAUGGAAGUUUAAAGCAUGUUUGCAAAUAUUGCAGCCCAUUGAAAGAAUUUGCAUGUACAGGAAAGUUGUGGAUGGAGAUGGUUUGUGGAAUUUUAAGUGCUCACUGUAGUAAACUUUUCCUUUGUAGAUUUGAAGGUACAGACUUAUACAAGCAAGUUCACAAAAUCAUGAUUAGUUACAAACAUUAAGUAAAAUGAAGUUAAAAUAAAUUAUUAUUUUCUAUUUGAUAUGUUUUGAUGUGAUUCCUCAUUUUGCAGUGGUGCCUAUAAAAUAAAAGCCUUUUGCAGUGUU